AUGAGAGCCUUUGGUCCUCUCUUUAACAAGGAUCUCGGUCAGCACAUUUUGAAGAAUCCUCUUGUUGCGCAAGGUAUUGUUGAUAAGGCCAACCUUAUCAAUUCAGAUACAGUAUUAGAAAUCGGCCCAGGUACUGGUAACUUGACAGUCAGAAUUCUUGCAGCAAGUAAAAAAGUAUAUGCAGUCGAAAUGGAUCCUCGUCUUGCUGCUGAAUUACAGAAACGUGUGAACGGAACGCCAGAACAAAAGAAGCUUCAUAUCAUGCUUGGUGAUUUCAUGAAGGUUGAUCUACCUUAUUUUGAUGUCUGCAUCAGUAAUACGCCAUAUCAGAUUUCAUCCGUGCUAGUGUUCAAGUUGUUGGAACAUCGACCUUUAUUUCGAGUAGCCAUUCUAAUGUUUCAAAGAGAAUUUGCUCUUCGACUUGUAGCCAAACCAGGAGAUGAAUUAUACUGUCGUCUUUCAGUCAAUGUGCAGUUGUUGGCCAAAGUAGAUCAUGUGAUGAAAGUUGGCAAGAAUAACUUUAGACCACCACCUAAGGUAGAAUCCUCUGUUGUUCGAUUGGAACCCAAGAACCCACCACCACCUGUGAACUUUAAGGAGUUUGAUGGUUUAUUGCGUAUCUUGUUUACGAGAAAGCACAAGAUCUUUUCUGCCAAUUUCAAACAGACGACUGUACUCCACAUGUUGGAAGAAAACUACAAGACAUAUUGCUCUGCUCAUGGAUUGAUGGUGGAAGCAGACUUUGAUAUCAAGGCAACAGUGAUGCAAGUACUUGAAUCUACAGGAAUGGCAGAUAAACGUGCAGCCAAAUGUGAUUUAGAUGAUUUCCUUAACCUUUUACUUGCAUUUAAUAAUGCCAAUAUCCAUUUCUCAUAA